AUGGCAGGCAAGAAGAAGGGCAAGAAGGGAAAGACAACCCUAAGCUUAAAUGAAUUCCUCUCGAAAGAUGGUGGAGGUGGAGCUCCAGGUAGUAGCUAUAUACUUGCAUCCAAAUCUGUGAACUCAUGGGCAGAUGAAACUGACGAUUUGGAAAAUGAUUUAGGAGGCAGUAAUCCAUCUUGGCCAGAAUCUGAUGUCUACAACAAACCAGCAAUUGAUAGAUCCAAGUUGCCAACUGCUCCUCGCAGCUCACGGCCUGUUGACAUUGAUCGUAGUAAGCUACCAGCUGUUCCGCCGUACACUGCAUUUCUGGGAAAUUUACCCUACGAUGUUGAUAAAGAAGAUAUCUUCACAUUCUUCAAAGCUUACAAAGUGAGCGAAGUACGUCUUCCACGAGAUGGUGGUGGAGAAAGUGGUCGACUGAAGGGAUUUGGUUAUGCUGAAUUUGAUGAUGUAAAUUCACUGAUUGAUGCCCUUGGAAUGAAUAAUGAAGGAGGUGAAAGAGGUAUGGGUAGAGAUAUGGGACCAGACCGAACUGAAGGUGAUUGGAGAAGAGCUCCAGAUGAAGUACCUCCUGGCCCCCCACCAGGUGAUAAUCGUUACCGUGAUGAUCGUGAUCAAGGUUAUAGUAGGAAUAGUUACGAUCGUCCUGACGACCGAUAUAGCCGAUCCAAUGACUAUGAUCGUUCUGGAGGAAGAAGUCGAGGCGGCGGCGGCGGCGGCGGGUAUAAUGACUAUGGGUACAAUAGGUAUGAUAGUGAUAGAAAUCGUGACGGUUACAGCCGAAAUGAUGAUUAUGAUCGUUACAGCGGCCGGAGUAGAGGCGGUUAUAAUGAUUACGGGUACAAUAGGUAUGAUAGUGAUAGAAAUCGUGACGGUUACAGCCGAAAUGAUGAUUAUGAUCGUUACAGCGGCCGGAGUAGAGGCGGUUAUAAUGAUUACGGAAAUGAUAGAGGGUACAGUCGAGAUGACCGAUAUGGAGGUGACCGCGGUGGUUUUCGAGAUCGAGGCAGAUAUGAUGAUGGCGGCCGUGGUUAUAAUGACAGAGGAGGUGGAUUCGAUGACAGGAGAGAUGGGAGAAGAACGUUCGGGACUGGUUUCCGUGGGGAUCGCAAUGAAUCUGACGAUGACUGGAGAAGAGGCGGUGAUAGUGAACGGCGUGAUGAUUAUGGUGAUAGACGAGAUGAUCGUGGUGGCUAUGAUAGGAAUAGAUAUGACAGACGAGAUGGCUACGACAGACGAGAUGGCUACGACAGGCGAGAUGGCCAAAGUUCGUACAAUCGACGAGAGACUCGUGACGAGCGAUAUGGAGACGAACCACCAAGAGGUGAUGCAGAUGCACCUAAAGAAAGAAGAAGACUACAACUUCAGCCACGAUCACAGCCAGUGAACAAAGCAGUCGUGGCAUCGCCUGCUCCAUCUGCUGCAGCCGGGUCUUCCAUUUUCGGCGGAGCCAAACCUGUUGAUACAGCCGCAAAGGAGAGAGAGAUUGAGGAAAGACUUGUGAAAGAAAAAUUACAGGAAGAAGAUAAAAUACUGCUAGAAAAAGAAAAACAAGAUAACACUAAAAAAGAAAGGUGA